CGCUAUAAGUUUCGUUUUCACUAAGGGCAAGCAGUUGAGUGUUGACUCAGUGAUCGCUGUUAACUUGGACGUGUCACAAUGGCGGAAAAUAUGUCUCUACUGGGUCUUGAGGACGAGUUGACAUGCAGUAUCUGUUUAUGUCUAUUCGAGAACCCGGUGAGUUUAAUCUGUGGACACAGUUUCUGCGCCAACUGUCUCGAAGCGACAUGGAACGACAGGAUAUCAUCUCUGUCCUGCCCUCAUUGCCGAAUGGUGUUCCCCAGUAAACCUGAAUUAAAGAAGAACACCGUCCUCAGCGCGGUGCUGGACGCCUAUAGAAUAAAAGCGGGUGUCUCUGAACCAGUCAAGGAACAUUUUGAGGUGAAAAAGAAAGAUCCAGAUGCGAUCAAAUGUGAUAACUGCAUGGAGGCCAAAGCCGUCAAAACUUGUCUGACAUGUAUGGCGUCUUAUUGUGAGGAUCAUGUCAGGCCUCACCGGGAGAAUGCCAUUUUCCGGGCGCAUCAACUGACUGAUCCGCUGCCAGAUCUGAUGGAGCGUCUCUGUUCAAAUCAUGGCAAACUGAUGGAGUUCUACUGCAAUCAGCACCAGAGAUGCAUUUGCAGUACCUGUCUGCAGGACAUGCAUAAAGGCUGUGAGUUUAUCACGGCAGAUGAGCGACGCUUCAAACAAAAGACUGACCUGACUGACAAGCUCAACAUCCUUGAAGUCAAAACUGACAAGAAUCAGCAGGUUAUCUCACAGAUGAAGGAGCAACAAAUCAAAUUAAAGGACCUAGCUGCAACCCGCAAACGUGUUCUUGAGGCAGAAUACAGGCAGCUUAGAGAAAUGAUUGACCGAGAUGAGAAAGAAGCCAUGCUUGCUAUCGAUAAGGAACAGGAGAAAGGUCAGAGCAAACUGGUCUCCUUGAUAAAGAAAUUUAAUGAGAACAUCGAGAAGAUGAGUAGGACCAAAUCUGAGAUCAACAUUCUGCUGGACCAGUCGCAGUCACUGGAAUUCUUAAAGGCCUCUGUGGAUUUGCCCUCUGUGGUAAAUGUUGAGCCCUAUAACCCUCGUAUGAAUGUGGAAAGUAAAGAGGUGAUAGCUUAUCAUUCCUCUGCAGUUGCACUGAAGGAGUGGGUCACCAAAUUAAUGGAGCAGCCAUUAGAAAACAGAAUCUCUGUACUUAAACCAGAGUUUGAGAAAUCUGUUCUUGGCGCAGGUCUAGGAAACCAAUUUCCAGGAAUCCCAAGUGAGAUUCCUGCCCUCCUGCCAAAUCCAAGAGACAUGUGUCUAGGAAACCAAUUCCCAGGAAUCCCAAGUGAGAUUCCUGCCCUCCUGCCAAAUUCAAGAGACAUGUGGAUGCAAAAUGCACCAGUUGCGUGGUAUGACCCUUCAGCACAUUUGAGAUCUCCCAGUCCAAGCUGUGGUCCCAAAGCCAAGGCUUCAGGAACUAAACAGAAAAAUUCCAGCAAGACUGCUAAAGAUCAGAAGGAGCGCAAAGACCAGAAGCCAAACAGAUCUAGGAAUCCUUCUAAAGGAGCAAAUCCUGUUUUCUCCAAAAGCAUGGAAAACUUGCUUGACAUCACAGUUAAAACUGUAGACAUACCUGACAUAAAUCCACCUGCUAUUUCACCAACUGUGCUAAACUUUGCUAAACGAAGUGACCUUCUUAAAUAUGGCACUAUCCUCAAUUUUGACGUCAGAACAGCUCACAAGCGGAUCUCGCUGUCUGAAAACAACACCAAAGCGACAGUCUCGGACGACCCAGCUCAUUAUACAGAUAUUCCCCUUCGCUUUUCUGUCUGUUCCCAGGUGCUCUGCACAAAGGGUUUCUCUCAGGGCCGUCAUUAUUGGGAGAUCAAAAUGAGCAGUAACAACUUCUGCGGAUUGGGACUUGCAUACGGACGAAUUGACCGCAAGGGUCCCUCUAGCCGUCUGGGGCGUAAUGCAGACUCCUGGUGUGUGGAGUGGUUUAACAUGAAGCUUUCUGCAUGGCACAACAGCAUCGAGACGGUGCUGCAGAAUCCCAGCCCAAGCCGCGUGGGCAUCUUGCUGGACUGUGAUCAGAGAAGUGCAACAUUCUAUACUGUGCAGGACCGGGCCUACCCUUUCCACACAUUUGUCUUUCCUUUCACUGAGGCUGUGUAUCCCGCUUUCUGGAUCUUCUCAAAUGGCUCUUCUGUCUCUUUGUGCAAGCUCGGCAAUUGAAAGUAUCUAAGUCGAACUGAUAUUCAUUUGAAUGAAUUGAUGUUUUGUUUAUCUUUGGAAGAAAAAUUGAGAUAUUUUUAAUAUACUGUCAUCUGUGUCCAUUCAGUGAGUCCACACAACCAGAAUGUUCAAGCUUCAUGAAAUCUUUGAAGGAUUUUCAAUAGAUGGGCAAAAAUAAUUACGGUAAAUUUAAAAAUAUCUUCAUUUUUGUUCCAAAGAUGAUCAAAAGUCUUUUGAAACGGGUUUGAAAUGACAGGAGCAUGAGUAACAGAUGACAGAAUAUUAAUUUAUGGGGUUUAAUCAAGCCAGGUUUGAUGCAAAUAAACUUUUAAAUUCUAAUUUAGGUGUGUUGUGACUGUACAGAAUGCAUAAAGCAGUCUUAAAGCAGUUUUAAUCUAUAAAUGUCCGGGUAAUGUCUUUUAAUGUUGACCAAAAAAAAAAAAAAAGAUUGAUGGAUGGAUGAUAUCGAAAGGCUAAUGCAGUCCAACUGUCACUAAAUAAACCUCAAUAAACUAUUAUAACUAUUAUAUGGCUACGUACCAAAUAAAAGUAAAUCAAUUAUUGAUUUAGUCUGAAAUUACUUUCAAGAACAAGAAGAACAAGACUGCAGAGUGAUGCAAGAGACACUAGCUCAGCUAUGCUGAAAAUACUUGAGUUGAAAACCGCGCAAGACAACACUCAAUCGAAUCGUUUAGUGGUCAUUAUUCAAAAAUGUUUGACUUAAUUGCUACGAUUGACGUCAUUGAUCCAGAAAAGAGAAAUUUCAAUGUACAUAUGUGGUUUGCAAAUGUUGACACAUUAUUCUUAAUUAAUCUUACUUGGUUCUGUGAAUUGUGUUAUUUUGGCAGAUUUUACUUGCGAGUUGUUUGAAGUGUUUAACUUCAUCACAUGAUCACACUUGACAUUUGUUGGUUUGAUCACAUGGGCAAAGUCCACUGGCCGUGUGCUCCAGAUAGAGUUGUAUUGGUUCUUGAUCAAAGUAUCCUCGCCGGGUCCAGUCAGUUUUUAAUUUAAGCAUGUGCAAUUCUGUCAAACCAACAAGUGUUAAAUGUGUGUUAAAAAUGUUAAUAGUGAAAAGAAAAGUUUAGUAGUAAGGCAUUUAUUGUUUGCUUUAUGCAAUAUUACAAUUUUGGUUGAUACAUCAUAUAGAGUAACUGAUUAUUUAAAAAAUGUAAAUGAAAAUAUUGUACAUUGUUGGGGAGAAAAAUAUACAUAAAGUAACAUAUCAGAAUGAUACCAAUAAAAGCAUUACAUGACCAAGUCUCGUAUAA